CGCCUGGUCACGUGAGUGGCGGCGGCGGCGGCGGCGGCGGCGGGGACGGGGAGCGAGCGAGCGAUGGCCGACGAGGAGGAGAGAGAAGCUCUGCUGCGCGAACACGACCGCCGCCCGCCUGACAGUCCGGCCUCCUGUUGCGGCCGCGUCGCCUCCGCCUUGUGCGACCCGCGGCGAUGGCCUCACCGAAUCGUGGUGCUCGUCCUCAUGUGUUUCCUGGGUUUCGGUAGCUAUUUCUGUUAUGACAACCCAGCUGCUCUGCAAACCCAAGUUAUGAGUGAUAUGCAAGUCAAUACUGCUAAAUUCAUGCAGCUAUAUGCCUGGUAUUCUUGGCCCAAUGUUAUACUAUGCUUUCUUGGAGGAUUUUUACUGGACAGAGUAUUUGGAAUGCGUUUGGGAACAAUAAUCUUCAGCUUGUUUGUCUGUGUUGGGCAAGUUAUUGUUGCAACUGGAGCUCUGUUGAAUGCGUUUUGGCUUAUGGAACUUGGAAGAUUUGUGUUUGGGAUUGGUGGUGAGUCACUAGCCGUUGCACAAAAUACAUAUGCCGUCAGCUGGUUUAAAGGCAAAGAACUAAACCUUGUGUUUGGGUUACAACUGAGCAUGGCUAGACUGGGUAGUACUGUAAACAUGAACAUUAUGGGAUGGAUCUAUUCCAGAGCAGCAGAGAUGGUAGGCUCCGUGGGCCACAGGUCGCUUGGUAUAAGUCUCAUGAUAGCUGCCUCAACAUGUGUGUUCUCCUUGUUGUGUGCAUUCUUCAUUGGUUACUUGGACAGAAGAGCCAAGAGGAUUUUAAACAAAGAUCAGGGUAAAACAGGUGAAGUUGUUAAGCUGACAGAUGUAAAAGAUUUCCCAUUAUCCCUCUGGCUUAUAUUCCUCAUCUGUGUCUGUUAUUAUGUGGCUAUAUUUCCAUUUAUUGGACUUGGAAAAGUGUUCUUCAUUGAGAAAUUCAACUUUACUGUAAAGGAAGCCGGUUUUAUCAACAGCAUUGUAUACAUUAUCUCUGCUCCAGCUUCGCCUUUUCUGGGCAUUUUGGUGGAUAAAGUCGGAAAGAAUAUUUUUUGGGUUAUGUCUGCUGUUCUGAUGACUCUGGCUGCUCAUAUGAUGUUAGCAUUCACCUUCUGGAACCCUUGGAUUGCCAUGUGUCUGCUGGGAGCAUCGUAUUCUUUGCUUGCCUGUGCAUUGUGGCCAAUGGUGGCCUUCGUUGUUCCUGAACACCAGCUGGGAACAGCUUAUGGCUUCAUGCAGUCCAUACAGAAUCUGGGUCUUGCGGUGGUUUCAAUCAUUGCAGGUUCUUUAUUGGAUUCAAAAGGGUACCUACUACUUGAAGUGUUUUUUAGUGCUUGUCUUUGUGUGGCAUUUAUAGCUGUUGUGGCGCUCUAUUUUGUGGAUUUAUUGUCAGAAGGUGACCUGAACGUGGCUGCAUGGAAGCGUUCAAAACUCCAAGCUGAUGCUGCAGCAGAAUGAGAAUUAGGACUGGCAGCUGUCGGCCAGAAGUACACAACCUUUCUUCUUCAAAACAUCACCAUGAAGAAUAUAUUUUAAUAUACUUUACAGGUUUUGGAAGAGGGGGGAAAGAAAGCACUUAGAUUAAAUAAAGAUUAUUAUGUUGCCAUUGAUUGUAACGCAUCAAAAAGCAAGUAGCAAAUUUUAUAAUUCUAUUUUAGGAAACUGUCAAAUGCUUUCAACACAUUCACUUAUUUUUAAAUAACAAUAAUGACUUACUGUCUGCUUAGACAUUUUUUCAAAUGUUUGUAAAAUGGUGCAUCUGGAGAAAUCCUGUGAUUCCUGUUUCUCUUACAUUUGAGUGGGUAUUCCUUGGGAAUGGGUAAGUUUUACAAUUAAGAAUUUAUUCUCAUAACCACUUGCAUAACAGACUUGUAAGCAAAUAAUGAUGAAAGUUUUGUCUCGCUCGAAACAAUGCCAAGCUGAAAGUAAUUAUUUGUGUUUUUUUUUUUUUAAUUAGUUGCUUGUUAAAACUGGGUGCAAAUUAAUACUGCCAGUGAAGUAAUUAGAAUGAGUGUAUUAAAAGUCUCUUCACGUGCACAGUAAUACUUUACUUUUGUAUUUGACUUGUAUCUUAUAAUGCACUUUAUUAAUGUUAGACUGCUGGCCAGGUCUGUAUUUAUCAUUUGAUUGUAAUUUAGCUUCCAUUUGAUGGAGGCAAGUAGCACUUUUUUUAUUUGCUUCUAAGAAUCAAAUUGCAUUUCAGUAAUUGCUGAUUUUUAUUCCAAUUGAGCUAAGACUUGAAUUUGAAUUUUUUAAAGAAAAUCACUUGUACUAAGUACUCUAUAUAAUGGUUUUAUAAGUUAACAGUUGAUUAAACCAACAGUUUACUAAAAAAAUACGAAUGUUUUAUCUAAAAUGUCAUUGGUUAACAAAAAUACAUAACAGUUGAUCAUC